AUGAUUCUUUUCUGCCAUGUCUCCGAACUCAACUGCCAAGAAACACAUUUUCAGAUGUCGGGCUUCUCGGAGACGGCAAUGCGAGAGCGACUGAGUAAACUUAGGCCACAGCAAGACUGCAUCAAUACGUUGUCGAUGUGGUUAAUGCAUCACCAUCGACAUACUGACGAUAUCGUACAAAUUUGGCUAAAGGAAGUGCGAAAAGAAACGAACUCAUCUCAGAUAGUAAAUCUGCUGUACAUUGCUAAUGAUGUCAUCCAAAAUAGUCGUAAGAAGAAUCCCGAAAUGGCAGUGAAGUUCUACACCGUUCUCGAGCCAGCUUUCCGGCACGCUGCCAAGAUUUCUGGGCCAGAUCUCGACAAAGCGAUGAUUAAGACUCUCAAUGUGUGGCGAGACAGGCAGAUCUAUAGUGAAGAUCAACUCGCCAUCCUUGAUGCUGUUGUGAAGCGACGAAAAUCGAGCAGUAUCAACAGUGUCGUGCACUCACACGUUCAUGCUCCACAUGUGCCUGAGCUUUUCUCCUCAUCGGCUGCACCACCAGCUCCACCACCCGAAUAUGACUCAGAGUUAGUUAGCUCGAACGUGACGGAUGUGUUGGAGUCGCUACGCAAAUUAGAUUAUCCUCCCAGCGCGGAUGCGGAAGUCAGGCAUACAUCUGCCAGCAAGAAACUGUUGGAUGAAAUCGCGGAAGCCGAGCCGCUUGUGAAGGAUUACUGUCAAAGGUUAGCAGAUGAGAUGCUGGAACGUCGAAAUUUACAAAAGCUGUUCGAUGAUAUGAUACGAAUGUCCGAGCGACGACCAUUCACAGAUAAUCUAGGGAUCAUGGGGAUUGUGGAGAAGAUUGCGGAGGUGGAGCGAGAAAUCGCUAGAACUCAGAAAAAUAAGGCUACUGAGUAUCACCUUGGCUUGUUGAAGGCAAAACUUGCCAAAUACCGUCAACAACUUUUGGAACCAGUCGGUGGGAAAGGUGGAUCAAAAGGAGAUGGAUUCGAUGUGAUGAAAAGUGGAGACGCACGUGUAGCAAUGGUAGGCUUCCCUUCAGUCGGAAAGUCAACGCUCCUUUCAACAAUGACGAGUACACACUCAGAAGUGGCUGGAUACGAAUUCACAACUCUUACAUGCAUACCUGGAGUGAUUAACUACCAAGGAGCUAAUAUUCAACUCCUCGAUCUUCCUGGAAUCAUUGAAGGCGCAUCUCAAGGAAAAGGUCGAGGACGACAGGUUAUAGCAGUUGCUAAGACUGCUGAUAUCAUCCUGAUGAUGUUGGAUGCUGGAAAGUCUGAUCAACAACGUCCUUUGCUAGAGAGAGAGUUGGAGUCUGUUGGUAUUCGGUUGAAUAAGCGGCCGCCUCAUAUAUACGUCAAACAGAGGAAGGUUGGCGGCGUCAAGUUCACCCAUACCGUUCCAUUGACACAUUGCAAUGAAAAGAUGAUCAUGACGAUUUUGCACGAAUACAAGAUUUUUAAUGCUGAUGUCGUGUUCCGGGAAGAUGCAACCGUCGACGAAUUCAUUGACGUUAUUCAGGGGAACCGUGUAUAUAUAGCUUGUCUCUAUGUAUACAACAAGAUUGAUCAAAUUUCUAUUGAGGAGGUUGAUCGACUGGCCAGGUUACCACAUCAUGUGGUGAUAUCCUGCGAAAUGAACUUGAAUAUGGACUACUUGCUGGAGAAGAUAUGGGAGUACUUGGCUCUCGUUCGCGUUUAUACCAAGAAACCAGGACAUGCCCCUGAUUUAGGUAACAUCUGA